AACACUGUUAUUGAUUUGUCAAAUAAAGAAACAUUUACCGCAGAGUUGUACUUGAUACGGAAAAUUAUUUUAUAGAAAAAUGACUAGUAAAAUUGAAACUACAUUUAAAGUGAAUCCUGAAAAAGUUCCUCUUGAAACCGAUCAAGGUAUUUUAGAAAGUGAAGAACGAAAAUGGGGCUUGCCGUUAAAAGAAGUUUACAAACAUGGACUCUCAUUCUAUAAAGACAAGGAAGGUAAAGCUAUGCAUCUGAGUUAUGAAGAUAAGUUAAAACUAGUUGCUUACACACAGCAAAUAGCUCACGGUCCGUUGAAUGUAAACUCUGCACCACCUCUUGGAGUUCUAGAUGUCAUUGGAAGAGACCGUCGUGGGGCAUGGCAAGCGCUUGGACAAAUGUCACAGUUCCAAGCCAUGGCAGGCUUUGUACAUACUUUGGACAGAUUGUGCCCUUUAUUCAAACCAUAUUUGGAGGCCAUACUAAAAGACUUGGAGGCCAAAAAACAACAAGACCUGAAGAGACAAGAAGAAGAGAGGGCUCAUAUAGAACUACAGAAUAGAAUAGAACUUGAAAAGCAAAAACAACAAAGCACAAAGCUGACAGAGGAACAACAAGUGCAAAGAAUAAAAGAUGCGUUGAACGCACAGACCUACGAUCAGUUCCUAGAGUAUGCGCAGCAACAGUUCCCUGGCAACUUUGACCAGCAAGCGGUCCUCAUACGGCAAUUACAAGAUCAACAUUAUCAACAAUAUAUACAACAGCUGGCCGUUGAUAAGAGAUUAGCUAAUUCUAAUAUAAAGAAUAAAGAAGAUAGUGAUAAAGAUAAUGAUAAUUCUUUAGUAGAAAUUGAUGAUAAUCUGAAUCGUGAUGAUGCGGGAGAUGAUGUGGAUAAUAAGUCAAUGCAAACUUUAGAGAAAACACAGAUAUCACAUUACAAUGAGGAAUCAAAGGAUGAAGAAGAUUCUGAUGAUGACGGGUUCCCCGCAGUGGAGGAGGCUCGUAUGUGGACCCGUGGUGAGAUCUCGUCGUUCAAGGAGUCUGCGCGCAUGGGCAAUGGCCGGCUGAGGGUGGGUCAGGGUGAGACUAUCACCAUCCGCGUGCCCACACAUCCUCGCGCGCGCUGCAUCUGCUGGGAGUUCGCCUCCGACAAUUACGAUUUAGGUUUCGGGCUGUAUUUCGAAUGGAGAAAGUCUCUAACUAGUGAAGUGACAAUUCACGUGUCAGAUAGCGAUGAAGAGGACGUCGAAUAUGAUGGAUAUGGUGGCGAUGAUGAAGAGUUCACAAUACAAGAGAACUCGACAGACCCUGAGAUAGGUGGUGACCAGCGCGCAGAAAGUCAUAGUCGACCGCCCGUGUCCCAAGUUGUGCCCUUAUACCGUCGCGACUGCCACACAGAGGUGUAUGCUGGAUCACACACAUACCCCGGCGAGGGCGUUUAUUUAUUAAAAUUUGAUAAUUCAUACAGCCUCUGGCGAUCAAAAACAUUGUACUACAAAGUAUAUUACACCCAAUGAAUUUAUAUAAUAUAGUUCAUUGUAGAGCCAUGACAUUAUAUAUUGAUAUAUGUAUAACAUAAUAUAUAUGUAGUUAUUUGUUGUUUAUAAGUUAAAUUAUACUUUAAAUGUAUU